AUGCCAGGAAAGCUUGAGGGAAAGGUCGCGAUCGUGACUGGCGGCGGAGGAGGCUUUGGCAAGGGCAUUGCGAAGAAGUACAUCGAGGAGGGUGCCAAAGUUGUGAUUGCAGACUUCGUCGAGGAUGUCGGCCAGAAGACUGCACAAGAACUUAGGUGCGAGUUUCAUCGGACAGAUGUGACAAAGAGAGAAGACUGGGAGUCGCUCAAGAAGUUUGUCGAUGACAAGUUUCAAAGGCUAGAUGUGGUCAUCAACAACGCAGGCACCACCUAUCGUAACAAGCCAACCGGCGAGGUCACGGAAGAGGAGUACGACAAGGUGUUCACUGUCAAUGUGAGAGCCAUCUACCUCUCCACCCAGGUCCUGGUACCAUACUUGCAAGAGAAGAAGAACGGGGGCUCAUUCAUCACCAUUGCCUCAACGGCAGGGCUCCGGCCUCGGGGAGGGCUGACGUGGUACAAUGCCUCCAAGGCUGCCGUGAUCAACGCGUCGAAAUCCAUGGCCGUGGAAUACGCGCCGGACAACAUUCGCUUCAACAGUGUAUGUCCAGUCGUUGGGUUAGGCACUGGACUGACCGACUUCUUCCUUGGCAAGCCUGAGAACGAGAAGGUGUUCAUGACGACCAUCCCUCUUGGCCGAGGCUCCACGCCAGCGGAUGUUGGUAAUACGUGCGCUUUCUUGGGCAGUGAAGAGGCGAACUUCCUGACUGGCAUCGACGUCCCUGUAGAUGGUGGUCGUUGUGUAUAG